GAGACCGCCCACCAGAGACAGUCAACCCGAGACCCCUUAUAGAUUUAAAAAGAGAGGCUGCAUUCUCAGGCUGACACUUAUUCAACACUGCCACCUUAAGCAGAUUAGUUUUGCGCUGCCUGUGUCAAAUACGAGCUUCACUUUGCCUCUCCAUCACCAUGUUUGGGAUGCUCAAACAACACGUUCAGCCGGGCGUUUUUCUCUUGCUCAUAUGGCUCUGUCACCUCAUGGAACAUCAAAAAGUCCAAGCGGGGAACUGCUGGUUGCAGCAGGGGAAGAACGGGAGGUGCCAGGUGCUCUACAUGCCCGGGAUGAGCAGGGAAGAGUGCUGCCGGAGUGGGAGAGUGGGGACGUCCUGGACCGAGGAGGACGUCCCCAACAGCACGCUCUUCAGAUGGAUGAUCUUCAAUGGCGGGGCUCCCAAUUGCAUACCUUGCAAAGAAAACUGCGAUAACGUUGACUGUGGACCCGGAAAGAGGUGCAAGAUGAACAGGAGAAGUAAGCCGCGCUGCGUUUGCGCACCGAACUGCUCCAACAUCACGUGGAAAGGACCGGUCUGCGGCUCAGAUGGGAAGACCUACAAAGACGAAUGCGCGCUGCUGAAGGCCAAAUGCAGAAGCCACCCCGACCUGGACGUGCAGUACCAAGGAAAAUGCAAAAAAACGUGCCGUGAUGUCAUGUGCCCGGGCAGCUCCACAUGCGUGGUGGACCAGACCAAUAACGCAUAUUGUGUGACGUGUAAUCGGAUUUGCCCCGAGGCGACGCCAGAGCAAUACCUGUGUGGAAACGACGGGAUCAUCUACGCCAGCGCGUGCCACCUGAGAAGGGCUACCUGUCUGCUGGGCCGCUCCAUCGGAAUGGCUUAUGAGGGGAAAUGCAUCAAGGCCAAGUCAUGUGAGGACAUCCAGUGCAGCCCCAAGAAGAAGUGUCUGUGGGACGCCCGCAUGGGCCGGGGCCGCUGCUCCUACUGCGACGAGACCUGUCCCGAGAGCCGGACGGACGAGGCCGUGUGUGCCAGCGACAACACCACAUACCCAAGUGAAUGUGCCAUGAAGCAAGCUGCUUGUUCUAUGGGGGUGUUGCUGGAAGUCAAGCACUCAGGAUCUUGCAACUCCAUUUCAGAAGACCACGAGGAGGAUGAGGAAGAUGAAGAAUCAGACUACAUGGCCUAUGUCCAUUUAUCUUCUGUACUGGAUGGAUAGGCUCCCAUCACUAGGGGGAUGAGUUCUAGGGCAAGGAAUCAUGUCCAUACUGUACAUUAUGUGUAUGCUUAUUUAUUUUUUAAAGAAAAAGGAAGUAUACAUAUAGUCCAGUCUGUUAGAUGUUUAUUUAUACUUUUUGUGUUUUAUAAUUUAUACAUCUACAUUGUCAGGCUAUCAUCUACCAUGAGACAUUGUGUUACCACUCAUUUCCCCUUUUUUUGUCCCUUUUAUUUCUUUUUUUAAUCAUGAAGAAUUAUAUUUGUCCAAAGAAAAACAGUGUUAUUUAUUUGUCAUACCAUGUAAGUAUAGUCCUCUACAAGCUGUAAAUUGCAUUCCCCGAGCUGUAAAAUUCUGCUUUUUUUUCUGUCAAAUCUCUAUUACAGAUGUUUAUGUCACACAUACGUAAAUGCAUGUUUAGACUGUGUGUUUAUUUAUUGGGUAUGUAUCAAUCAUUUUAUGUACAGACGUGUUUCUGGUUUGUUUACAACUGUAAUAACUGACCAAAGGGAUUCUCUCAAUGGUUUAUUGCAAAUGAGCAUUGUAAAAUGUGCACCACAGCAGUGAUGAAAUGGAAAAGAAAAAGAGAGCCAUUUGAUUUUCUUUUCUCAUUUGAACUUUUUCUUUGUUCUUGUUUCUUUUUUGUUGUUGUUCUUUUUUUUUUGCCCUUUAGGUUUGUUUCCAACUUGAAGCAACACAUUUAGAUAUGAUACCAUAGCAUUUAUCUUGUCUCACUACAUUUAAGAGGUAAGUUUUGGACAAUACUUGAUAAUUUUGGAAAUAAUGUGCCAUUAACAUUUGUGAACUGUCUUCUUGCCAAUAUGCUCCACAUUGCUCUGACAGAGCUGUAACAGGAUAAAUGUACUGCAGUGGUCUACCCUAUAUCAGACUAAACCUUUCUCCUUUUAGUUUUUUUUUUCUGAAUGCAUUUUUAUUUUCAAACAUCACAAGAAAAAGAACGAAAUUCUGUUAUGAAUAUAUAGUUUUGUAUUUUUAUGUAAAUGUCAUAUGUACAUACAAAGUUUGAUGGUAUUUGUACAGAUAUGAAGAGUGAAACAA